CAUUCAUUCCAUGAUCAGCUCGCGAGCUGACAAGUUGUGUCUUUUGAAAAUAUUCUUAACUUUACAAAAAUGUUCGUUGGAAAUCAAAAAUUAGCUUUUCUCAUGAUUUUCUUUCUAUCGUUAUGCGAUGGAAUAUAUUCUCAAGGAUGUCAUAUUCAGUGUGAAUAUGGGAACGAAGAGUGGAUUAAUCUGGGAAUUGUUUUUCAAUGCAAAGUUCGUAACAUGGAUCAAAGACAACGAGAAGCUGUUACUGCAGUUAUUGGAGAACCAGACAGACCCAUUCGUGAUGUGAAAGCUUUAGAUGUACAAGAUCAAAGAUGUCGAUUUUUACCUUCAGGAAUCAGUUCAUAUUUCCCUAAUGUUGAAGGCUUGCAAGUUGCAAAUUCUGAACUAAGAGAAUUGCAAAGUGAAGACAUGCAACAAUUUCCCAAACUUAAACAAUUGUUUAUGAGUGAAAAUGAACUACAAAGUCUCGAAAAUAACGUGUUCGAACAUUGUCCAAACAUUGAAUAUAUUAACUUGGGACAUAACAAAAUUAAACAUAUGGGAACUGACAUUUUUGCUACAUUACCAAAGCUUCAAUAUGCAAAUCUCGAUGGAAAUGACUGUAUCGACUCAACUUUGCAAUCAUCAAAUGCCCUCCAAUCAUUUUCAAAGUCGGUUCUUGAAAAAUGUCCACCGACACCUGAAAUGGUGAAACGUGAAAAAGCAAGAAAAAUUCCUGAAAGUUUAAGAACAACUUCCACUCAAGCACCGGAAAUCAACGAUUUGAAACAAGAAUUAAAUAAUUUAAAAAAUAUAAUUGCUAGACAUGAUCAAAAAAUAGAAGAAAUCAAAUCAAAAGCUGACAAAGAACCUAAAGAAUCAGAAGCUCCUAUUGACCCACGUCAAGCGACACAAUUUCAAAUUUCAACUCAAACACAGUUUAGACCACGUCCACCAUAUUCAGGUCCGCCAAAUUUAUUUCAACCUCAGCAACAACAGCCCAGCAUUCCACACCCAUCUUUAAUAAAUCCUUAUGGACCCCAGCAACAACCAAACAUCCCAUUACCACCAUUUAUAAACCCUUCUAGACCUCAGAAUCUUCCACCACCUCCACCUUAUCCUCAUUAUCCUCAAAAUCAACCUGGCAUUCCACAACCACCUCCACCACAUGCCCAUGAACCUCAACAUCGACCAGAUGCUCCACAGCCACCUCCACCACAUGCUCAUGAACCUCAACAUCGACCAGAUGCCUCCCAGCCUCCUCCACCACAUGCCCAUGAACCUCAACAUCGACCAGAUGCUUCCCAGCCUCCUCCACCACAUGCCCAUGAACCUCAACAUCAACAUGAAAUUCCACAACAGCCUCCAUCUAAACCUUACGAGCCUCAACAUCAACCUGGUAUACCACAACCACCUCCAAUCAAACCUUAUGAGCCCCAAAAUCCUGAUCAAAAUAAUAUGCCAAAUCCAAAGCCUCAUGAAUUACCAAAUGAGCCUCAACAACCACCCCAAAGCUCCAAUCAACCUCAAAUUCUUAACUUGAAACUUCCAGUAGAACCUCCACAACAUAAAGAUCCCCAAAAUAAUAAAGAUGAUCAUAAUCAUUCUCCUCAAAAUUAUAAGCCUGGUCAGCCAGGGGCAAAUAAUGAUUCACCAAAUCAACCGAAUGAUUGUGGACCUCAAGGCUGUGCGCCACAUCCAAACCAACCUAAUCAUUGCGGACCUCAAGGCUGUGCACCAAAUCCAAAUCAACCUAACGAUUGUGGACCUCAAGGCUGCCCACCAAAUCCAAAUCAACCAAAUGACUGCGGACCUCAAGGAUGCCCACCAAAUUCUCCCCAUCAUCAUUCUCACAAGCACCCACAAUUACCAGGAAGGCCAAUUGGACCUCCACCUGCUUUAAAUUGUGGACCUCACGGCUGUUCAUUACAAAAUCCGAAUAAUAAGCACCCUGAUGCUGAGAUUUUACCACCAAUUCCGAAGCCACUUGGAUCAUCUCGACCUAAUCAUUUACCCCCGCCUUUGAACUUUCAAUUUCAAAGUCAAUCAAGUGGAAGACCUUAUGGAAAUCCGAAUGUACAAACAAGAUUUUCUGACGUAGAAGAUUCUAUUGAUGACGGGAAUCCCAGUAAAGAUGAAACAAAUUUUGAAGCAGCAGUUGAUGAAAACACAGAGCAUUCACCUGUUGAAAAUAAUGCUGAAUCAGAAGACAAACCGAUGGAUAAUAAAUCUGACAGUCCAAUAAGUGAUGAAGAUUUGAAAAAUUCACCUGAAAAUAAAUCAGAAGAUGAUCCUUCAGAAAAUGAAGAAAAUCCUUCAGAUGAAGAACUUGUAAAUGAAUCUCCAGUUAAAAGAGAAGAAGAAUCUUCUGAAAACCCUCUUGAACCACCAAAAAGAGAAGACAUCCCAAACGAAGAUAAAGCUUUGGAAGAAACUUCUCAAAGUCCCGGUUUGAAACGUGAUGUUCCUUCAGGUCAGUCACCUCAAGAUGAAACACCCGACGUGGAUGACCUUUCAGAUGAUUCUCAUGACAACAAAGCUUCAAGUGAUAAACCUCAAGACCAAAAACCAAUAAAUGACGAUAAUUUAGAAGUUGACGAACCUAAAAGCGAAAAUCCUGAAGAAAAUCAACAAAAUGAAGAUGAACCAAACAACAUUCAGAAUAACACUGAAGCUCCUGAAACUGAUGAAUCUCAACCUAGAAUAUCUGAUGAACCUCCACAGAAUAUGUCAGAAAAUUCAAAUGCAAAUGAACCUCAGGAAAAUAACGAAGCGAAACCUGUUGAAUCAAGAGAUGAAAAUUCUCCAUUGGAAGACGAAAAUUCGUCCAUGACUGAACCAAUGAAGGAUGAAUCAUCUCAGAAUAAUGAAGAAAUAAUGGAAAUGAAUCCCAUUGAAGAUACUAUGGUUGAUAUUAUGACAACUAGAAAACCGCCAGUUAAAAAAUCUGCUGAUGAUACAUCGCCACAAGAUAACUCAACAGACUUGGCAGAAGAAAACAAAAUGCUUUCAGAAAAAGUUAUGAAGUUGGAAAUGGAGAACGAGAAGAAGCAAGAAAAAAUCGAUGAGUUAUUAGAACGACUUUCAGAUUUAGAAUCAACAAUCAAAGAUUUAAUUAAAGAAAUUAAUACUUUGAAAGGUUGA